AUGCCUCCGAGAAAGAAACCUAAGCUCAACACCCAGGCGGAGAAUCCGCACUCUCCUGCCAACACUCCAGCUGAAGGCGCUGCCCAGGGUACCCCAAGCUAUGACCUAGUUGCGGAUCCUUGGACCGAUGAGCAAGAGACGGCGUUGCUCAAGGGAAUCAUCAAAUGGAAGCCUGUUGGCAUGCACAAGCAUUUCCGAAUGGUCGCAAUAUCAGAGUUCAUGAAGAGUCAAGGUUAUGCGCCUUCACAUGCCGAGCACACACGGAUACCGGGGAUCUGGCAGAAGCUAGGGACGUUGUAUAAUUUACCAGCGCUCGAUGAAAGGGAAGACUCGCUUGUAACGGAAGUUUCGGACGACGCCGAAGGAAAGGAAGUGUAUUGUCCAUUCGAACUUCCCGAGGACGAAUAUGGCGAUAUGAUGUUCGAGCGAAGAUUGGCAAUGGAAGGAUCGCAAUCCCCUGCGCCUAGUGGCCAGGCUGAAUCGCGUAGAGGGAGCACUGUAGCUGACACAGACGAACCGCGCUCAUCGCCGGCCCCUCCACGAGGCCGAAAACCGGGCCGUGGCCGCCCUCCUGGACGGGGAACACGAUCUUCACGCCUCCAUGUAGCAGUCGAGACCCGCCAGCAAAGCUCCGAAGAGGAAGAGGAAGAAGCAGAAUCUGAGGAGGAGCACGGAGAGAGCGAAGAAGAGGAGAGUGAUGGCGCAAAGGAAGAAAGCGAGGACGAUGGAGAUGGCGACGCGGGCAGCUCGCCAACGGGCCGGAGUACGCGAGCCCGGACAACUCAAUCCAAACGGGGGAGAAGGGGAGGGGGCGUUGCAAGAAGAGGUCGUCGGCGUGGAAAUUGA